AUGUUCUUUCCCUUCCCACAGUUAGAGUACCAGGGUUUGCCGUUCAGUGGGCCAGGAUUCAGCUUUCCCUCGUGGCAGGAGAAGGGAUUACCUACAGCCAGCUUAGGCUACAGGAUAUGGCGGUGCUUGUGUGCAGGAGAGAGACUGCUUCUGUCCAGAGAUUCCUUCUCAGCUAUUGCAGAGUUCUUUCAGCUGGUUUUAGAUGAUCAGCUUCUUCUGAACUCAAAGGCCAAGGACCUUCUCAGGCUGCUGGAUACUGCUCGGAUCUCUUCAGAGGCCAUGCUCAACAAUCUGGCCUCAGGUUUAAGGGAUUUAGGCUUUCAGCCACCUCCACCCCAGCCUGAACUUUUGAACUGGUCAUCUUCAGGGGCCAAUGAUUUUCAAAGGAAGGUCCGAGGCUACAUUCUGUGCAGGGAAUACAGGGACUGGCUAGCAAGAGUAGCCAAGGAUAUGGAAAUCCUAAAACGAACAUUCAGGGGGGUUGAGAGUGAGAGCCAGGAGAGAAAGGACUGCUGCAGGACAUGAGAGACUUAGCAUAGACAGCAAAGACUGCUGCUGGCUCUGAGAGACAGGCUGAGCAAAGAAUGGAAAGACUGCUGCUUAUCCUGAGUGACAGGCUGAGAAUAGAAUGGCAAGACUGCUGCUGAUCCUGAGUGACAGGCUGAGCAUAGAAUGGAAAGACUGCUGCUGAUCCUGAGAGACAGGCUGAGCAUAGAAUGGAAAGACUGCUGCUGAUCCUGAGAGACAGGCUGAGCAUAGAAUGGAAAGACUGCUGCUGACCCAAGAAUUGAAAGACUGCUGCUGGCGCUGAGAGACAGGCUGAGCAUAGAAUGGAAAGACUGCUGCUGAUCCUGAGAGACAGGCUGAGCAUAGAAUGGAAAGACUGCU